AGCGCCUGGUGCGCCCCGCGGUCUCCCUGUCGGGGCCGCCGGGCGGGGGAUGCGCGCGGCGCCCGGGAGCCAUGGUCCGCUUCGGGGACGAGCUGGGCGGCCGCUAUGGGGGCACCGGCGGCGGGGAGCGGGCCCGGGGCGGCGGGGCCGGCGGCGCGGGCGGCCCUGGCCCGGGGGGGCUGCAGCCGGGCCAGCGGGUCCUCUACAAGCAGUCAAUCGCGCAGCGCGCGCGUACCAUGGCACUGUACAACCCCAUCCCGGUCAAGCAGAACUGCUUCACCGUGAACCGCUCGCUCUUCGUCUUCAGUGAGGACAACGUCGUCCGCAAAUACGCCAAGCGCAUCACCGAGUGGCCUCCCUUUGAGUAUAUGAUCCUGGCCACCAUCAUCGCCAACUGCAUCGUGCUGGCCCUGGAGCAGCACCUCCCUGAUGGUGACAAGACUCCCAUGUCCGAGCGGCUGGACGACACCGAGCCGUACUUCAUCGGCAUCUUCUGCUUCGAGGCCGGGAUCAAGAUCAUCGCCCUGGGCUUCGUGCUGCACAAGGGCUCCUACCUGCGCAACGGCUGGAACGUCAUGGACUUCGUGGUGGUCCUCACGGGGAUCCUGGCCACGGCCGGCACCGACUUCGACCUGCGGACGCUGCGGGCCGUGCGGGUGCUGAGGCCCCUCAAGCUGGUGUCUGGGAUUCCGAGUCUGCAGGUGGUGCUCAAGUCCAUCAUGAAGGCCAUGGUUCCGCUGCUGCAGAUCGGGCUGCUGCUCUUCUUCGCCAUCCUCAUGUUCGCUAUCAUCGGCCUCGAGUUCUACAUGGGCAAAUUCCACAAGGCCUGCUUCCCCAACAGCACAGACGCGGAGCCAGUGGGUGACUUCCCCUGUGGCAAGGAGGCCCCCGCCCGGCUGUGUGAGGGCGACACCGAGUGCCGGGAGUACUGGCCAGGACCCAACUUCGGCAUCACCAACUUCGACAACAUCCUGUUCGCCAUCCUGACGGUGUUCCAGUGCAUCACCAUGGAGGGCUGGACCGACAUCCUGUACAAUACCAACGACGCUGCUGGCAACACCUGGAACUGGCUGUACUUCAUUCCGCUCAUCAUCAUCGGCUCCUUCUUCAUGCUCAACCUGGUGCUGGGUGUGCUCUCGGGCGAGUUUGCCAAGGAGCGCGAGCGGGUGGAGAACCGCCGGGCCUUCCUGAAGCUGCGGCGGCAGCAGCAGAUCGAGCGGGAGCUCAACGGGUACCUGGAGUGGAUCUUCAAGGCCGAGGAGGUCAUGCUGGCCGAGGAGGACAAGAACGCGGAGGAGAAGUCCCCUCUGGAUGUGUUGAAGCGGGCGGCCGCCAAGAAGAGCCGGAACGACCUGAUCCACGCUGAGGAGGGCCAGGACCGGCUCACAGAUCUCUGUGCCGCGGGGUCCCCCUUUGCCCGAGCCAGCCUCAAGAGUGGGAAGACGGAGGGCUCGUCCUACUUCCGCAGGAAGGAGAAGAUGUUCCGGUUCUUUGUGCGGCGUAUGGUGAAGGCUCAGAGCUUCUACUGGGUGGUGCUGUGCGUGGUGGCCCUGAACACGCUGUGUGUGGCCAUGGUGCACUACAACCAGCCCCAGCGGCUCACCACGGCGCUGUACUUUGCAGAGUUUGUUUUCCUGGGUCUCUUCCUCACAGAGAUGUCCCUGAAGAUGUACGGCCUGGGGCCCAGAAGCUACUUCCGGUCCUCCUUCAACUGCUUUGACUUUGGGGUCAUCGUGGGGAGCAUCUUCGAAGUGGUCUGGGCCGCCGUCAAGCCCGGGACCUCCUUCGGGAUCAGCGUGCUGCGGGCUCUACGGUUGCUGAGGAUCUUCAAGGUCACCAAGUACUGGAACUCUCUGCGGAACCUGGUGGUGUCGCUGCUCAACUCCAUGAAGUCCAUCAUCAGCCUGCUGUUCCUGCUCUUCCUGUUCAUCGUGGUCUUCGCCCUGCUGGGCAUGCAGCUGUUCGGGGGACAGUUCAACUUUCAAGAUGAAACGCCAACAACCAACUUCGACACCUUCCCUGCCGCCAUCCUCACUGUCUUCCAGAUCCUGACGGGGGAGGACUGGAACGCGGUGAUGUAUCACGGCAUCGAGUCGCAAGGCGGGGUCAGCAAAGGCAUGUUCUCGUCCUUCUACUUCAUUGUCCUCACGCUGUUUGGAAACUACACCCUGCUGAAUGUCUUCCUGGCCAUUGCUGUGGACAACCUGGCCAACGCUCAGGAGCUGACCAAGGACGAGGAGGAGAUGGAAGAAGCCGCCAACCAGAAGCUUGCCCUGCAGAAGGCCAAGGAAGUGGCUGAAGUCAGUCCCAUGUCGGCCACAAACGUCUCUGCUGCCGCCCGGCAGCAGAACUCGGCCAAGGCGCGCUCAGUGUGGGAGCAGCGGGCCAGCCAGCUGCGGCUGCAGAACCUGCGGGCCAGUUGCGAGGCGCUGUACAGCGAGCUGGACCCCGAGGAGCGGCUGCGCUUUGCCACCUCUCGCCACCUGCGGCCUGACAUGAAGACGCACCUGGACCGGCCCCUCGUGGUGGAGCCUGGCUCGCGGGGAUCGGCUGGGGGCAAGGCCCGGCCCGAGGGCACCGAGGCCAUGGAUGGUGCGGACCCGCCACGCAGGCACCACCGGCACCGCGACAAGGACAAGGCCGCCCCUGCCACGGCGACGGAGCAGGACCGGGCUGAUGCCCCAAAGACGGAGGGCGGGGAGCCCACGGCCCGGGAGGAGCGGGCACGAGCGCACCGGAGCCGCAGCAAGGAGGCCGCGGGAACCCGGGAGGUCCGGAGUGAGCGCGGCCGCGGAGCGGGACCUGAGGGCGGCCGGCGCCACCACCGGCGUGGCUCCCCCGAGGAGGCGGCCGAGCGAGAGCCCCGGCGCCACCGCGCACACCGGCACGCGCCCGACACGGGCAGGGAGCGGCGAGCACGGCACCGCGGUGGCCCCCGCGCAGGGCCCCGGGAGGCAGAGAGCGGGGAGGAGCCGGCGCGGCGGCACCGGGCUCGGCAUAGGGCACCGCCCGUGCAGGAGGAUGGGGAGAAGGAGGCCCCGGAGAAGGAGGGCGAGACCGACGACCGGGACCAGGAGAGGGAGCUUCGGACCCCGCAGCCCCAGGAGCCGCAGUGCGACCUGGAGGGCCCUGGGGUCGAGGGCGCGGCCCCUGUGCGGGCGCUGCCCAGCACCUGUGUGCAGAGGGUGGAGGAGCAGCCGGAGGACGCAGACAACCAGCAGAACGUCACUCGGAUGGGCGGUCGGCCCCCAGACCCAGGGGACCCCCCACACCCCCCAGGAACUCUGGCCGGCCCCACGGGCGAGACUGCCGUCACUCCCAGCGGCACCGUGGACCUGGAGAGCCAGGCGGAGGGGAAGAAGGAGGCGGAAGCCGACGACGCGCUGAGGAGCGGCCCCCGGCCCAUCGUCCCGUACAGCUCCAUGUUCUGCCUGAGCCCCACCAACCUGCUUCGCCGCUUCUGCCAUUACAUCGUGACCAUGCGGUACUUCGAGAUGGUCAUCCUCGUGGUCAUCGCCCUGAGCAGCAUCGCCUUGGCCGCUGAGGACCCUGUGCGGACAGACUCGCCCAGGAACAACGUCCUGAAGUACCUGGACUACAUUUUCACAGGCGUGUUCACCUUCGAGAUGGUGAUAAAGAUGAUCGAUCUGGGGCUGCUGCUGCACCCGGGGGCCUACUUCCGGGACCUGUGGAACAUCCUGGACUUCAUCGUGGUCAGUGGGGCCCUGGUGGCCUUCGCCUUCUCAGGCUCCAAAGGGAAAGACAUCAACACCAUCAAGUCCCUGCGUGUCCUGCGUGUCCUGCGGCCCCUGAAGACCAUCAAGCGGCUGCCUAAGCUCAAGGCCGUGUUCGACUGCGUGGUGAACUCCCUGAAGAACGUGCUCAACAUCCUCAUUGUGUACAUGCUCUUCAUGUUCAUCUUCGCCGUCAUCGCCGUGCAGCUGUUCAAGGGCAAGUUCUUCUACUGCACGGACGAGUCCAAGGAGCUGGAGCGCGACUGCAGGGGCCAGUACCUGGAUUACGAGCGGGAGGAGGUGGAGGCCCAGCCGCGGCAGUGGAGGAAGUACGACUUCCACUACGACAACGUGCUCUGGGCCCUGCUCACCCUGUUCACGGUGUCCACCGGGGAGGGCUGGCCCGUGGUGCUGAAACACUCCGUGGACGCCACCUACGAGGAGCAGGGCCCGAGCCCCGGGUACCGCAUGGAGCUGUCCAUCUUCUACGUGGUGUACUUUGUGGUCUUCCCCUUCUUCUUCGUCAACAUCUUCGUGGCCUUGAUCAUCAUCACGUUCCAGGAGCAGGGGGACAAGGUCAUGUCCGAGUGCAGCCUGGAGAAGAACGAGAGAGCCUGCAUCGACUUCGCCAUCAGCGCCAGGCCCCUGACGCGGCACAUGCCCCAGAGCAAGCAGAGCUUCCAGUACAAGACGUGGACGUUUGUGGUCUCGCCGCCCUUCGAGUACUUCAUCAUGGCCAUGAUCGCCCUCAACACCGUGGUGCUGAUGAUGAAGUUCUACGACGCGCCGGACGAGUACGAGCUGAUGCUGAAGUGCCUGAACAUGGUGUUCACGUCCAUGUUCUCCAUGGAGUGCGUGCUGAAGAUCAUCGCCUUCGGGGUGCUGAACUAUUUCCGAGACGCCUGGAACGUCUUUGACUUUGUGACUGUGUUGGGAAGUAUUACUGAUAUUUUAGUAACAGAGAUUGCGAACAACUUCAUCAACCUCAGCUUCCUGCGCCUCUUCCGCGCCGCCCGGCUCGUCAAGCUGCUGCGCCAGGGCUACACCAUCCGCAUCCUGCUCUGGACCUUCGUGCAGUCCUUCAAGGCCCUGCCUUACGUGUGCCUGCUGAUCGCCAUGCUGUUCUUCAUCUACGCCAUCAUCGGCAUGCAGGUUUUCGGGAACAUCGCUCUGGACGACGACUCCAGCAUCAACAGGCACAACAACUUCCGGACGUUUCUACAAGCCUUGAUGCUGCUGUUCAGGAGCGCCACCGGCGAGGCCUGGCACGAGAUCAUGCUGUCUUGUCUCAGCAACCAGGCCUGUGACGAGCACGCCAAUGCCACCGAGUGCGGCAGCGACUUCGCCUACUUCUACUUCGUGUCCUUCAUCUUCCUCUGCUCCUUCCUGAUGUUGAACCUCUUUGUGGCCGUGAUCAUGGACAAUUUUGAGUACCUUACGCGGGACUCUUCCAUCCUAGGGCCUCACCACCUGGACGAGUUCGUCAGGGUCUGGGCUGAGUACGAUCCGGCUGCGUGCGGGCGUAUCACGUACAGUGACAUGUUCGAGAUGCUGAAACACAUGUCCCCGCCCCUGGGGCUGGGGAAGAAAUGCCCUGCUCGAGUGGCGUACAAGCGCCUGGUUCGCAUGAACAUGCCCAUCUCCAAUGAGGACAUGACUGUCCACUUCACAUCCACGCUGAUGGCCCUCAUCCGGACCGCACUGGACAUCAAGCUGGCUCCAGCCGGCACGAAGCAGCACCAGUGUGAUGCAGAACUGAGGAAGGAGAUCUCCUGUGUGUGGGCCAACCUGCCCCAGAAGACCCUGGACCUACUGGUGCCGCCUCAUAAACCUGACGAGAUGACAGUUGGCAAAGUCUACGCAGCUCUGAUGAUAUUUGACUUCUACAAACAGAACAAAACCAGCAGAGACCAGCUUCACCAGGCUCCGGGAGGCCUGUCGCAGAUGGGCCCCGUGUCUCUGUUCCACCCCCUGAAGGCCACACUGGAGCAGACGCAGCCGGCCGUGCUGCGAGGAGCCCGGGUUUUCCUCCAGCAGAAGAGCUCGGCCUCGCUCAGCAACGGCGGAGCCGUGCAAACCCCCGAGAGCGGCAUGAGAGAGUCUGUCUCCUGGGGCACCACCCAGAGGGCCCAGGAGGCGCCCUGCGAGGCGCGGACCCCCCUGGAGCGCGGCCACUCCACAGAGAUCCCUGCGGCGCCAUCGGGAAAACCAGCUGUGGAUGUGCAGACGCAGAGCAAGGCCCCGCGGGGCCCUGACGGGGAGCCCCAACCUGGGCUGGAGAGCCAGGGUCGAGCCGCCUCCAUGCCCCGCCUGGCGGCAGGGACACAGCCGGCCUCGGACGCCAGCCCGAUGAAGCGCUCCGUCUCCACGCUGGCGCCCCAGCGCCCCCACGUGGCUCCUCUUGGCCACGCCCCCCUGGGCCGUCCGCCCACCGGCCAGGCUGCCACCCACCACCACCACCGCUGCCACCGCCGCAGGGACCGGAAACAGAAGUCCCUGGAGAAGGGGCCCAGCCUGUCAGCGGAUGCGGAUGGCGCACCCAGCAGCACUGUGGGGCCGGGACCGCCCCCUGGAGACGCACCCACGGGUGGCCGGCGGGAGCGCAGGCAGGAGCGGGGCCGGUCCCAGGAACGCAGGCAGCCCUCCUCCUCCUCCUCCGAGAAGCAGCGCUUCUACUCAUGCGACCGAUUUGGGGGCCGGGAGCCCCUGCAGCCCAGGCCCUCCCUCAACAGCCACCCCACGUCGCCCACGGCUGGGCCGGAGCCAGGACCCCCAAGACAGGGUGGCGGGUCAGUGAACGGGAGCCCCCUGCUGUCCACAUCUGGUGCUAGCACUCCUGGCCGCGGCGGGCGGAGGCAGCUCCCCCAGACCCCGCUGACGCCGCGCCCCAGCAUCACCUACAAGACGGCCAACUCCUCGCCCGUGCACUUCGCAGGGACUCAGACCAGCCUGCCCGCCUUCUCCCCUGGCCGGCUGAGCCGAGGCCUUUCUGAACACAAUGCCCUGCUCCAGAGAGACCCCCUCAGCCAGCCCCUGGUCCCCAGCUCUCGGAUCGGCUCCGACCCUUACCUGGGGCAGCGCCUGGACGGCGAGGCCACUGCCCGUCCUCAGCCCGAGGACGUGCUCACCUUCGAGGAGGCCGUGGCCACCAACUCGGGCCGCUCCUCCCGGACCUCCUACGUGUCCUCCCUGACCUCCCAGCCCCACCCCCUGCGCCGCGUGCCCAACGGCUACCACUGCACCCUGGGCCUCGGCUCGGGCAGCCGCACGCGGCACAGCCUCCACCACCCCGACCAGGACCACUGGUGCUAGGCGCACCGCGGCCCCCUCGCCACACACCCGCCAGCGGGCCCUGCUCCCGUGGAUGAGUUUUAUCAUCUGUGCUGGGCUCCUGCGACGCUCGGGGAGACUGAGGCGGCGGCGGCGGCUCCUCUCCUGUUUUUCACUGGGGGGGGGGGGCUUCAUGCCCUUGCAUCACGGCCCGCGGCCCUCUGUCCCCUCACGCUCCCUUUCUGGGUCACGCACGAUGGACCCCACACGAGGGGUGUGUGCGGAGCAGCGCCCUGUGAGUCCAAACCUUUGGGGAUGGGCCCCGGCACCUGGGGAGUCGCGUGGGCCCUGGAGGAGAUGUGGCCUCAGGCGUGGCCUUUCUCCCCACGUGUGGUGUGGAGCAGCAGCAGCGAGGUCACGGGGCCGGGCAAUGGUGAGGAAAACAGCAGCCCCGGGGCCCGCCAGUGGCGUGCACGGGUCUCAUCUGCACCCCUCGGCCACGCGUCCUGCGCGGUUCUUUAAAUGUUAAGCAGCAAGUGGACUCAGUACGUCCGACACUCUGUCCUCCCCCAGACACUGUCCACCCUGCAAGGGACCAAAUCUCGGAAACUCGGCUUUGGUUUCUAACAGCGACCUCUGUUGCUCUUUGGUCAGUUCUGUAUACCCAACCUAGAAAAACCAGAGACCAGCUAACAGGGAUGGAGAUGCUGGAGUGACUGCAAACGCUUAGACCCGUGGGAAGGUCUCCACUUCUCACGAGGUUCUG